CACAGAAAUCCCAAACACCCACCCCCACGCGCCUCACUGCCGGCAGUCCCGAGAUGGCAAUAUCCCCUUAUCCCCAGACAUCGGAUCUGAUCGUGCGUGCGCGCGCAGGCAGAAAGGUUCCGCUUACAUACAUGCCGUCUGAACCCGGGCAUUAGGUCCCAGGGCGACCCCUAUAUGCGUUCGUGAGACGCGGCAUCCGACAUGUACGUUCCCCACAAUCCACAUCAUCCCAACUACCCAAGGCCAGAGACAUUUUGCGAACUGCAGUAGAGUUACAUGACCUGUUCCCUCGGCCCCUGCCUUGAAGGACUCGAGGCGAUCAAACGCGUGGCGGUCCCCGCCCGGCAUUCAAGGCCCACGCCUCCGCCAGCCAUGAAGACCAUUGCAGCCACAACUGCGUCCAAUACAGUACAUUUUCUACAAUAUACAAGACAGGGAGCCCCCCCCCUGUCUACUACGUUCGGGGGUGGGUUGGUUUGCACGUCCAUCCAUCCAUCCAUCCAUCGGGACUCAGACACGUCCGUGCGGCUUCCGCCGCCGCAACCGAAGUCCCCGUGCCCGAACCGCACCGGCCGCCGCGCCGUCGCCGCCCGCGGCCGCCAUCUUAACCGCGGCCCUUCAUCUGCUGGUGGUGGUGCCACUACGGUGGGUGAGUCAAACGCCACCAUCGUAGCCAUCACAAACGCCUAGAAGCCGUCCCGUCGCUCUUUCAACCGUCGCCACCGCGCGCCGCCUCACGUGGGAAAAGGGGGGGGGGGGGGCUCGGACAUAAUAAAGAAUCACGACGGCGGGAAUGUACGUAUCUAUCUUUUUUUUGCGAGAUUGGCAGGGCAAGUCUGGCGAGAUUGGGGGCUUUGGGCAGCCACCACUGAGCAUGCCAUCCCAUCCCACACACCUUGCCACGUUCUGUUAUCAUGUGUUAUGCCAUGACAGUGCGCGACUUGCUCAUUCCAAGAAAGGUCAAGGCCGCGAGAAAAAGAAAGAGGCCCUCCCUCCCGCUCGCUGGCGCUCAGCUUUCCCAGUGUCGAUGAUGCUGCCGCUGCUCCUCAAGUACACUACGUAUACACACACACACACACACACACACACACAAGACGCUUGGGCAAGGAACCCUGGACUUCGCAAAGGGCGCCACCGUGAACCAGUAGAUUUGGAAAGACUGGGGAAUUGCCAGGCUAGGUCCAUGGCACGGACUGGGCCCAGGCAAACGUUAUACCGCACGAGGACUCUUCCAGCCAUGGUGGCCCGACGCCAUCGUGGCAACUCCUGAAGCUUUUCGCACUUCUCCUGGUGCCGCGGGGCGCGACUUGACUGCUACUACCCACGGCCAAGUCUCUUUUUCCAUCUGACCUCGGGGAGAGGGGAGGGGGGAGAGGGGAGGGGGCGCUUGCUCAUCUGUUGUUUCCAUCUACGUACCGACAUAACGUUCAAGCAUUGCACACACACACACACAUCUCCGGCCUCCCCAGAGGAACGUCUGGAUAACUACCCGUGCCAUUUCUCAGUUUCGUUCCUUUUGCGAAUCGAACCUGGUCCUUCUUUUCCCGCCUGUGUGUGUGUGUGUGUGUGUAUUUGCUUUUCUCUUACACCAUCAUGAGCUACAGGCUGCAGGACCUCUCCCUCGACGACAGAAGAUCAAUAUUGUCCGAUCGUACUUCUUCGACGGGCCCGCCACCCUCUGUUCCGCCCAAGGAGCCCUCGAUAUUUGACCUGAGAGAGGCCCUCGGUCUGCCACCGUCUGCGUCCACGAGUAGUGUUGCCACCGCCUCGGCUCAUACACCACCGCUGGGUUUGCGCCAUUAUCAGCAGCAGCAGCAGCAGGGACAACAGCACCACCACCAACAACUACUACAGCAACAACAACAACAAGCACCACCACCGUUGUUUCAAGACAACUCGUCUGCGCACUCCUGGCCGCUCGCGUCGGACCACCAGCAGCAGCAACAGCAACAACAACACCACGCUGCAGGCCAUCUCGCGGCCGCGCCCUCGUUCCUACGUCAUCAUCAUCCUCACCACCACGGCGGCAACACCAUGGCGCAUUCGUCCAAGGCGCACACGCAGUGCCUCCACCUAUGCAGCAACACGGCCGCAGCGGCCGACCGCGUGGCGGAAAAGAUGGCCGAGUACACCACGCUGGUCAAGCACCUCCCCCACGGCUUCGACGUGCUUGCCAACGACCUCCUCGACACGUCCCAGGUGCUGUUCCUCAUCGAGGCUGGUCUCUCCGAGGCGGUGCGCCAGGGGCAGUCGGCGCCCCUGGACAUGAUCACCGUGCUGGACAAGAAGUUCCGUGCCGCGCUGAACCAGUUCCGCACGCUCGACCAGAUUGUGCAGAAGCAGCUCGACUACGAGCGAAAGGGCGCCAUGGGCCGCAUGAAGCGCGGCUUCGGGCGGGUGUUUGGCGACAGCGGCCUCGACAGCCACACCACGUCGCUCGUCAAGACGCGCGAGGACUUGAAGAUGAGCGCCUACAUGUUCCAGUGGAGCGUGACCGCCGAUAAGAUCGAGAGCGAGUUGGGCAUCGGGUAUAUUGGUCUGUCCUCGGCGCUCGAGAGCUCGGAUCUCAGGCGCAAGCGCGCCGCCGGCAGCAUCGCGUCCGAGGACCUGCAAAAGGGGCAAGCUUUGUUCAACCGGCCGCCUGGCUCGGCGCCCCAUCAUACCGAGUCGGACCAGUUCCGGCUGCCGAGCAUACCGCAGGCGAGCCUUUCUCAGCAGCAUCAGCAUCAGCAAGCCCAGAACUCGAGGGCAGAUAGGGCCGGCCCGCUGAGCCACGACUCGUCGCUGAGCGGCGAGAGCGGCCACUUCGGCCGCGCCUCCUCCGCGGACCAUGACAGCCCGCUGACGCGAUACACGGACCCGUCCAUCGUGGGCUCGUAUGACGGCGGUGCGCUGCAUCUGUCGCAUCAGCGCGGCGGCGGCAAGGCGGGCGCAGGGGCGGUGGCGCCGGGCCUCGGCACGUUUGACGAGAUCCCCGAGCCAAGCCUCGAGCUCGAAGCCCUCGUCAGCGACGUGGUGAGCCUCGAUCUAGAAGGCAGCAAGGUCUCGCGCCUCAAGAGCGAGCCCUUCACCAUGCCCCGCCGCCGGCCGCGCAGCAAGAUCGACGCGGACAAGGCCAACGCCCACGAGGCCCUCGUCGGCGCCGUGCGGUCCCGGGACAACCGCCUCCUCACGCAGCUCCUGGACCGGGGCGUCUCGCCCAACGCGGGCAGCAGCGGCUCCGACCCGCUCAACGAGGCCAUCAUGGCGCAGGACGGCGAGGCCCUGCGGCUGCUGCUGCUCUACGGCGGGGACCCCAACGAGACGGACCGCGACGACGUCUGCCCGCUCGUGGCGGCCGUGGAGCGCUCGUUCCUCGAGGCCGCCGUCGCCCUGCUCAAGUACGGCGCCGACCCGAACCUCUCGGCCGCCGGCCCGGACUCGGAGACGCCCCUGACGGUGGCCGCCGUCGCCCACAACGUGCGCCUCACGCACCUGCUGCUCAUGUACGGGGGCAACGCCCGGCAGACGACGGCCAACGGCAGCACCCUCCUCAUCGAGUCGGUGGGCAAGAAGACGCCCAAGACGCUCGUCGAGAUGCUGCUCGCGUGCGGCGCGGACCCCGACGCCAAGAACCGCGAGGGCACGACGGUGCUCUUCCAGGCCGUCACCUCGGGCAGGGCGGACAUCGUGGGCAUCCUGCUCGAGGGCGGUGCCAGCCCCAACCUCCCCGGCCCCAAGCACAUGCUGUGGCCGUCCACGUACCAGCCUGCGUGCCUGAAGCUCCUGCUGGUGCACGGGGCCGAUUACAAAAAGGCCCCUGGCGUCAUGGAGCUCGCGGCCAGCAUCAACAGCAUCGAGUCGAUCCGCAUCCUCCUCGACGCCGGUGUCGACCCCAACGCCAAAAAGGACGGCGUCUACACCCCGCUCUGCACGGCCAUCCGCGACAACCGCAGCGACAUCUUCGAGCUGCUGCUGAGCCGCGGCGCGGACCCCAACGUCCCGGCCAGCGAGUACCCGACCUUCAAGUGCAUCACCCACAACCGCCUGAGCUUCUUGCCCGCCCUCGUCGCCGCCGGCGCGACCCUCAACACGCCGAGGGGCAUCCUCGAGACGGCCGUGUCGUCCAACUACAUGGAGGCCAUGAAGUGGCUGCUGGACCAGGGGCUCGACCCAGACGACAAGACGCCCAACGGCCGCACCGCGCUCACGAGUGCCAUCCGCGACGGCCGUGUCGAGAUGGUCGACGAGCUCCUCCGACGCGGCGCCAACCCCAACGUCCGCGGGCAGGACUGGCCCGUGUGCAUGGCGGUGCGCAACCCGGACAUGCUGCGCCGCAUCCUGGCCGUGCUGCCGGAGCCGCGCGCCUUCAAGGGCGUCGUGGAGCGCGCCGUCGUGGCCAACCAGCUGGAAUCCGUCAAGCUCCUGCUCGACGCGGGCGUCUCGGUCGAGGAUCGCAACGGCGGCGUCUUCUCGCCCCUGACCACGGCUCUCCGCGAGGGCCGCCGCGACAUCGUCGCCUUCCUCAUCAAGGAGGGUGGUGCCGACGUGAACGCUCCGGGCGAGCACCUGCCCAUCGUCAAGGCCUUGCGUCGCCGCCAGGAGGGCGCCGCUGGCUACGACGAGAUGAUCGACAUGCUGCUCGACAAGGGCGCGGACCCCAACAAGAUGUACCGCGGCUGGAACGGCAUCAUGCAGGCCCUCGAGAGCGGUGACCUCCCUGUUCUGAAGAAGCUGUGCAAGCGUAGCGGCGUCGAUCUGAGCGUCAAGGACGAGCUUGGCCGCACCGUGACCGAGAUUGCCAUUUCCCGACGAUGGGAGGAGGCGGUCAACAUCCUUCUUGCGAGCUCCAACUAACGUGAGUGAUUGGUUAGUGCUCCCUUGGGCCUGUUGCUCAGGGUUCAUGAAGCUUUGGCGGAGGACGGACCACUGGAAAUUGACUUACAGAGAUAUCCCUCAUUGCAUUUUCUAUUCCCUUUGUCGGGCCUCCAUAGCUCAUAAUUAUACAUGUACUAUAUGCCAC